AUGUCCACAUCCUCGGCGUCGACUCGGUCCACGUCCUCCUCAUUCUCCUCUACCUUUUCAGAUGUCGACGACCCAAUGUUCAGCCCGCCCUCGUCGCCCCCAGCUUCCUCAAAGACCCAUGCCUUUUUUGCUUCCUCCUUCGCCGCCAGCCCGCCGCCGCCCCGCCCACCUCUCUCUUUGAAGAAGUCCGACAACAAGCCCACCGCCGUCAAGAACAGGGACGACAAUGGCACAAACCCUCCACCAGCAGCGAGCCCGGGUCUCUUCUCGUCCGCCAAAACAUCGCGCUUCAAUGUUUCACGGAUCUUUCCCUCAAGAUAUGCCCGCUCUCGCCGUGACUCUGCAGAGCAGCAAGACGUCCAGAACGCAUUCUCCUCGAACGCCCUGCGCAGAAAACCCGACUUUCUCUUCAUAGACGUCGACGGAGAUGCAGACCCGAAUGAAAUACAUCACAUUGACCAUAGAGAGACUCCAUUCAAGGACGUGUUCCUCUCUCUUCCCACAGCCCCGUCCUACCACGACCGCGCAGGAUCAGACUCGUCGCUCUCCCCACCCUCGUCGAUAUCUUCGUCGUCUUCGCACGCAGAGAUUCGGCUACCCACCCCGCCGCCGCCCCCGCCCCUCCUAACCGCAAGUUCCAACGCCUCAGACAAUGAAUUCACACCCCGGCCAGCUGACCUCGAACCUUCCAUAGCCGCUGUACAGCCCCAGGAACUUUCUCCCUUAUCGCCUCUCAGCGAAGACAACAGUAUCCCAGCCGACACCGAAUUGCACCCUGGUGAUGUCAUAGCCGACUCCAGUUUCGCCUCGGCUACUUCCCCGUCCCUGCGCCUCCUCCGUCCUCUCGGCCAGGGCGCCUUUUCCGCAGUAUGGCUUGCAGAAGACCUGUCGUCUAUACCCCUCGUUCUCUCCUCGAAGAGGAGCGUCCGUGACCUCAAGCGACAGGCGAGCCUGCAAUCGAAAGGAAGUGUCUCGCGCAAGUCGAGUCUGAAAAGCCCAACGUCGAGCAGGGGUGUUUCCCGCAACUCGAGUAUGAAGAGGUUCAUGGCACGCGUCACUGGCACACAGCCUUCGGUCGAUAGCCUGUUGUUGGACGGCCAUGUCCACCAUGAAGGGCGGGAAACUACUUGGACCAGUCCAGAUGGUCACCUCCACCCCAUGCCCCCGUCGUCAAUGCACCCUAGUCCAUCACCAUCAUCCUCAAUAUCAUCUCUUCCUUCUCCCGAGGUCGGGUUGGGUGCAUCGUUGUCACGCCAAAGCUCCACAAGUACACGCCGCUCGGCUACUUCUCGGGCAGAGGCCCGAGUAGUCGCGGUCAAGCUGACACCCCGGCGUCCGGAGCCAAACUCUCCUUUGACUGAAGAGAGGACCAGGGUGGGAUUCAUUCGUGAAGUCGAGGUACUCCGACACAUCUCUCAUCCCAACAUCACGCCCUUGCUGGCCCACUUCUCCACUCCGACAUAUCACGUCCUCGUGCUGCCCUACCUCAAGGGCGGGGAUCUGUUGUCGCUUGUCAAUAAUGAUGCCGUUUGGGGUAGACUGUCUGAGAGUGUGUUAAGGCGGAUAUGGUGUGAGAUAUGCCGUGCGGUCGGGUGGAUGCAUAGCGUCGGAAUCGUGCACCGCGACAUCAAGUUGGAGAAUGUCCUGUUGACCUGGGAUGGCCUCCAGUCGUAUUCCAACCUCAUCUCGACCGAGCUCUCGUCGACGCCUACCGAAUCGUCGAUAUUGUCAAUACCACGACCCACCGUGGCUGAUCUCCCCACCCCCAUUGUCAAACUCACCGACUUUGGUCUGUCGCGGUUCAUUGACAUCGGCAAUGGCGAACGCGGGCAGGGCGAGAUGCUCAAUACCCGCUGCGGAUCAGAAGCCUAUGCCGCACCUGAAUUGGUUAUGGGUGGCGGUCCACGAGGCGUUUAUGACGGACGCGAAACGGAUGCGUGGGCCUGUGGUGUAGUCUUGUAUGCGCUUGUGGGUCGCAAGCUUCCUUUCGGUGAAGGUGUUGGAAUUGGUAUGGACGGUGGACACGGCACACAGAGCCAUAUCAAUGGCGAACGUGUCCACCCUCCUGGCUACUCUAGCCGGAAGCAUGCCGUGGAGCGUCGUGCGUGGUUGAUGAGGAUUGCGAAGGGCGAGUACGAGUGGCCUGAAGUCCCGUCUGAUGCAGCUGCGGUAGAGGAUGGGGAUGGGGAACUCGUUGGGCCUCGGUUGGCGUUGAGCGAGGGUGCGAAGAGGGUUGUUGGGCGGUUGUUGGUUCGUGAUCCGAAGAAGAGGGCUAGGAUUGUGGAUCUGUGGGAGGAUGACUGGAUGCGCGGGGAUGAGAUUGGGUUGGGGAUGUGGGAAGCUAUCCAGCUCGAUCGUAAUGCCUCGGAUCGUGUCUCGGAUGGCUCUGGGGAGGUGAAGCCUGCGACAAACGAGAACCCCAUCACCGUGCUCAAGGAGGACGGGCUCGAUGAUGGGGAGUGGGAGCCUCUUGACGAAGAUGAAUAUCUCGAAGAGGAGGAUGAACAUGAAGGAUGGCUGUUGGAUGAGCAGAGUAUCUCCAGUAUAGUGAGGCAAGAAGUUGUGUAG